GCAGGUCUUAGAAUGUGUGCGCGUGCAUUAGAGGGCGCGCGCGCUCUGUGAAUUUCAUCUCUUUGAUGUCGGUCCCGGACCUGCGCGUUUGAGGAACAACAACUUCACAACUUGUUUAAGAAAAAAAAAAGGUCACAGUUCUCCGCAUUCUAUUAGGGACGUGGACACGAACAAGAGAACAGUUUAGCGCAACAUGGACGAUUUGGACGCAUUGCUGGCGGACCUGGAGUCAUCUACUGCUAAUAUCUCAAAGUGUCCAGUGUUUCUCCCAGACGAAACGCCCUACUCUUUUCCCAGUAGCGGGAGCCUGCACCAGGAUGACCCUCCUCCUGUGCCCCCUCCUCCAUCUUCAGAUGCUUUGAAUGGGACUCUCCAAAAACAGGACUCUCACCACUCCUCACAACAGUCUCUUGGCUUAGCACAAAAAAGUAGAUUGUCUCAAGACGGCAAUAGUCCACCACUACCUCAUACAGAAGAGGACCACGUCUACAGUUUCCCCAACAAACAAAAGACACCAUCAGACUCUUCUGCCACAGCAAUGAGCUCUGCACUGGGCAGCAACUUGUCUGAGCUGGAUCGCCUGCUACUGGAACUCAAUGCUGUUCAGCAGAACACACCAUCCUACACCAGCACAGAAGAUGCAGCUCCCCCACUUCCUCCUUCCAGUUCUGCACAUUAUAUCCAGGAAAAUGGAGCACACUCAGGUAUUACCCCUGCUGUGACAGACAAAGCUCUUGGUAAUGGGAACAGAGGGCCAGAAGAAGGACGUCCCACUGUGGAGAGCCUACUGAAUGAACUGGAAUGCUCUAUACCUGCCCCAAUGCCUGCAUCUGGACUUCAUUCAGAGGGGCACUUGGAUGUACCCUCUGAGCAACAGGGUCGAUUGUCGGCCACGUCUGCGACUCGAGAGCUGGAUGAACUCAUGGCCUGCUUAUCUGAUUUCAAGGUGCAAAGCAAUCCAAGCUGUAUGGCCUCCCUAAACUCUGAGACAUUAUUUGAUCAGUCAAUCAGCUUCUCUGCCAUUGCUGAAAUUCAUUCUCCUCCUUCAGCACCAAGUUUUCCUUCUAAGCCAAACUGCUAUAACCCACUGCCCUCCCCUCCCAUCCCCUCAGAGCUACACAUAGUGGAAGAUUCUAAUGAAACUGUCCUGCAGACCAGUGCACUAAAAUCUGCCCCUUCAGCCCUGUACUCUACUACUUCAGUCCUUUCCAAUUCUCCAUGCCCCACUUCAAAUCCACAUCCAGACCCAGGUAUCAGUGAUUCUGUCUCCAUGCUGAGCACUGAGCUGGAGUCACAUAUGGUUUUGUCCCAGACCAGCAAUACUACCACAAAGGUGUCUACCACAAGCCCUGGUAAUCAACAGCAUAUAUCUGCCAAUCCCGAGAGUCUGCUUCCCAGCAGUCAGACUAAAUCAACUCUAGUGUUUCAUGUGCCUAUUGCUAAAUCUCAAAGCCCAGUGAGUCAACCUGAAAAUACGAAGACCUCAAAAAAAGACAGUCCUUUAUUAAUUCAAGCUUCUACUGAUUACUGUCUUGUGACCAGUCCAGAGCCUAACAAUGCUGCUGCAUCUGUGAUCUCUACAUCUAAAUCUGUAUCACCCAUCAUACAUUCCCUUUCAUCUCCUAAACCUUUUUCUCUUAACACCACACCUCCUAUCUCUACCGUACCAGUGCCCAAGACCUCAAGUGAACUUAAGCUACCUGAAUCAGUCACUGUUACCACAAGACCACUUUCCAUUAUGAAGCCUGAGGCUCCAGCUUUGGAGCCUUCUCUAGAUGAUGCUUUGGAUAAUCUCCUCACAAUGAACUUCAGCAAGCCUGAGGCUGAGUCACAAAAUGGGGCCACAUUAGUUUGUAAUAUGAAUUCAGCAGAGCACACAAAAGUGUUUGAUGGGACACUUGUUUCAGUGGACCGGAGAAUGGUGCAGCUGGACAUGCACACAGAGAGUGAGGCGGGAGAUGGGCUUGUUGAGAGCCAGUCUGAGUUUCGGAGUGAACUUCUGGACUGGGCCGAUAUGGAACUCAAACUGUCAUAUGAUGGAGCCGAUGGCUCCAUGACUCCCAUGACUGAGGCUAGUUGGAUGGAUGACUCCCUUACCCCUUCCUCCUGCCCUGGAACACCAGAUGCCCAGAUGGACCUGCCCACAUUACAUCCCUUCAACACCAUGGAUAGGAUUUCAGCAUCUGGACAUAUCAAGUCUGUUAUCAGACGUACAAAGGAGACACCCAACGUCCAUCCCAUGUAUCGGGAUGGCAUCAUUCGCAGGAAGAUGGGCCCUGUAAUUUACCACAAAUGCAACUCUCAAGAUCGUCUCAUAGAAGAGCUUCAAGGCAAGCUGGGAAUUGCUCGCAAGGAACGCCCCAAGAAACAACCAGAUGAUUGGCUGACCGAGGGUGUUAUUGUCAUGUCAAAUCCUAAACGCUUGCGAGACAACCACAACAGGGAGGUGGAUAAGAUUAUUAUACCCCCUGAGUCUCCUAUUCCACAAAGAAAGGUGAUAUCAACUCCCCAGGCCAGCUCCCCAGCCCCCCGCCUCCCACACCCAACCGUGGAUCCAAAGCCCAGGCCCACAGUAAAAGCUGUACCAGUUCCACCUCCCCCUCCUCCCACCCAGUCUCCACCUGUUCCUGCCCCCUCUCAAAUUCCUAGGGAAUCCACACCUCCUCCCCAACUCCCUGUAGAAUGUGAUCCUCCUCAAGUCCAAAAAAAUCCCCCUACUCCUGGCCCAGUAGAACCUCCUUCACUCCUGACAAACCCUGCUUCAAUGACACCUUCAUCUCAGUCACUCUCGCCUGCCCCUGUUGUCCAUCCCAAAGUGCUGGUGUCUGUGGGCUGUCAGACGGAACAUGAUAUCUUCUUCUCUCCAAUGCAGAUCAUGGCUCAGGGAAAGGGUCCAAAUACACAGGUCAAUAAACUAGACAACAUGCUGGGUAGCCUGCAGUCUGACUUGCAUAAACUGGGUGUAAAGACUGUGGCCAAAGGAGUGUGUGGAGCUUGCUGUAAACCUAUUGUUGGCCAGGUAGUAACUGCCAUGGGCCGCACAUGGCACCCGGAGCAUUUUGUGUGCUCUCACUGCCAGGAGGAGAUUGGUUCUAGAAACUUCUUUGAGCGUGAUGGACAGCCAUAUUGUGAGAGGGACUACCAUCAUCUCUUCUCUCCUCGCUGCUACUACUGCAAUGGUCCCAUUCUGGAUAAAGUAGUGACUGCUCUGGAUAGGACAUGGCAUCCAGAACACUUCUUCUGCGCUCAGUGUGGGGCCUUCUUUGGACCUGAGGGUUUCCAUGAGAAAGAUGGCAAAGCAUACUGCCGUAAAGAUUACUUUGACCUGUUUGCCCCCAAGUGUGGUGGCUGUGCCCGUGCCAUCCUGGAAAAUUAUAUAUCUGCCCUGAACAGCCUCUGGCACCCCGAGUGCUUUGUUUGUAGGGAGUGUUUUACCCCUUUUGUGAAUGGCAGUUUCUUUGAGCAUGAUGGGCAGCCAUACUGUGAGGUUCACUACCAUGAACGACGUGGCUCUCUUUGUUCUGGCUGCCAGAAGCCCAUAACUGGCCGGUGCAUCACAGCCAUGGGAAAGAAGUUCCACCCUGAGCAUUUUGUCUGUGCCUUCUGCCUCAAGCAGCUCAACAAAGGCACCUUCAAGGAGCAGAAUGACAAGCCGUACUGCCAUGGUUGUUUCAUCAAACUCUUCAGUUAGGCACUGUCUGAGUAUGUUGUAUAUGCAGCAAAAGAGUGUUUUGAAGAUGCGUAUCAAGAUUAAUUUGGGGGGGGGGGGUAUUGUGUGCACAUAUCUGCUCACUGGUUGAGUGUGAACAAAUUUGUUUUAGGAAUGUGGCUUUGCAUCAAGUUUGAAUCAGUUGACCUGUGAAAUUAUUUUCACUAUGAAACAAUGCUUUGUGGUGCCACAGUGGCAAAAUGUGGUCACUGUAAUAUUUGGAUGUAUGGUCAACAGUUUGUCCAACGUAUUUAGCAUUUGCAAGAAGCGAUUUAUAUUACUGAGCUCAGUGCCUUGUUUUCUAUCAGAAAUUGAGUAUAUCAAUUGUGCCAAAAAUAAUAUUGUAGCACCUAAUAUGUACAUUUCUUUGGAGAAUGAUGUUCUUGGUGUGCCAACAAUUACCAGCCUAUAACAAGCCAGCCAUGAUCACCUACAUAUAUUAAAUAAGAGUUGUGUGUUGAUAAAUGUUGUGGAUUUCAUAGUCACUCAAGUAAACUCCUGUAGAAAUUGAAUUAUCCUACUCUUUUUAUAAGCCAGGGUUUUUCUUCAAGGGAAAUCAUUAAAUACAUCUCAAAAAUACUUUGCUGUAUUUUGGAAACUUGUCCUAAUUUUUUUUUACUUUUUCCAUUUAAAUAAUCUCUAAAACCAUUUCUUCAAGCAAAUCAUGGGUGGUUAAGUAAAAUAGCUGUGAUAAUGUAGUGUAAAUUCUAUCACUUUUAACACAGUAUAUGAUUGGCUUAAGGAUAAGAAUGUCACUCUUUCUAUCUCAGAGACAAUUCUGGGCAAUGUUAACUGCUGUAUUGCGUUAUGGCCUUAUGUUCCUUUUUUUGUGUGUGUGUGUGAAAGUCUCAAGUGUCACUGAGACAUUUAAAAGAAUGGGCUACGAGGGAUGAAAUGUGAAACAUUAGACAUAUAAUAACAGUUUUAUAAUUCCUCCCAAAAUAAAAGUGGGUAUUAUAUUUUUCAGAAGUAUAAAAGUAAUUGCUUGCCAAAAAAAGUGUAUUUUAAAGGUCAGAAUGCAUGUAUGAAAUUACCAGCAGCUAAAAAUAUUUUAUCUGUAUACAUUAUCCUCUAAUACAUAUUUUCAUCACUGGUCUGAGGUUGCACUUCAAAAAUUGCCUUUUCCUUACAUAAUAUAUAUUAAAAAAUAAUUGUAAUUGAUAUGCUGUGAUAAUUCAGAGAUCUUUCCUGUCUCAUUCUUCUUGUACUUCUGAGAGCUAGGUGCUAAUAUUGAUAGUUCAUAUGCCUCAGAUCCUAUUUAUGACACUGGUUUUAAUUGUUUUCCCUUUUUGUUUUAGCAUGUGAUUUUUCUUUCAGAAAGUGGGCUUAAUAGUUCCCUCUUUGUUUAUAUUGUUAGUUUAUUUUAGUGGGCCUUCAUAUACUGUCUCUCAGUUACCAAAUGUGAAACUGCAGGUAUAUAUUAUAUUCAAUAACUGCCAUUUUUUUCUGAGUAAUAUCUGGCUAAAUACAUAGUUACCAAUAAAGUGCUUUGAUGUCAUGCA